AUGGGGGCCAGGUCCCUUUUCAAAUCCACCCAGAGGGACAUAAAUCCGGGCGUUGAGGAGAGGCGGGAGGGCCGGUCCCUGCUCCCGGUCAGUGGUGUCGGAGCAGGUGCAGAGCUGACCCCUGGGAAGAUGAAGCUCGUGCUGCUGAGCAUCCUGCUGGGACUAUGCUGGGAGUCUGUGAUGAGUGGACCCCGUUCCCCAUUUCCAGACUUUGAAGAUUCCAUGAUUAUAGGUCCUUGGUAUUUGAUGGGAAUUGCAUCAUAUGAAACAAUCAGAAUGGUGACUCUUUUGGAACCAUUUAUCAAAAUUGAAGAUGGCAUCAUGCAAAUUUCAAUUGCACAUAACAAGAACGGGAAAUGUGUCACCUAUCUGUUUGAGGCAGAGAAGACAUCAGUUCCAACAAAAUUCCAGUCACUUGGGAACUAUAAAAUAUAUGUGAGAAAAGCAAACCCUUCGAGCUAUGCUAUCUUCUAUAUAGUUCUGGAAAACCAAUAUGAAACUUUUCCAAUGAUGGUGUAUCUCAGUAGAACUCCUGAAUAUUCAAACAAAGGCUUCGAUAUAUUCCGAAAUGAGGCUUACGCUGAAAAACUGUUUAAAUUCCAUCUAUUCAACCAUCCGGGUCUCUGUGAUACUAAGAAUGAGUCGAAUGAGGUAAUACUCCAAGAAAAUUUCCUUUCAUUGCUACGAGAGGAGCAAUGAUCUCAGGAUUGCCGAUCUCACCUCCUCUCUGCAGGCUCCUCCUCUCUUGAUUCUCCUUUUCCUUCUCCCUCUCCAGUUAAUGGCCUUGUUUGGAAUAUUCCCUGCUUUAAUGAUGGGAUUCCAUCUCUAGAAUAAAUAAAUUGCUCCUGAAAGUCCCCUC